AUGGAACCGCUAAUGAUUGAUUGCUUAUCGUUUUGCCAUGCCCGGCUUUGUGAUGUUGUACGUUGCUCCAUAAAUCUUUCAUGCUUAAACGACUCCAUAAUUACACGCCUAGCAGCUAUGUUUACUAAUUUAGAACUGGAAUUGGUACGUGACAAAAAAGAGCGUCUAGCACCACGUCUUUGGAUAAAACUAAUUCAAAGCCUUUGUGAACCAGAACCAGAAGCACUACGGGGACAUUUCUACAGUUUGGCUGGCUUGUUUCGUUGUUCAAAGUGUGGCGAACAUCUUACAAAUACAAUGAAGUCAUACAUAUCUUGUCAACCAAAUAAUACACGUUUAUCUCGGUGGGGUCAACUCACUGGUUAUCAUAUGCGAGAUAUGUUUUGGAACAUGGAUAAUUACAUUGCCCAGGUUUUUAAGGAACGUCGCUCAUGGCGUCAUGUGUAUUGGAAACUAUGGGGCCAUUGUCAUUUUUUAUAUUGCUGCAUAUGUGAAAUACAUUUUCCAGUCUAUAAGAUGGCAUGGUGUCGCUUUCACCCUUUAAGCCCCAAUUACAUUGACUCGAACACGGAAGACUUCGUUACUGGUCCUAUAGGUCGGUAUCCGUGCUGCGGGCGAAAGGCAUACCGUUACGACACAUUUCCGGAGGCAAAUGGCUGCCAUUUUCGGGAGCACAGUGUUCUUGCCGAAACUGAACGAGAACGUCAAAUAUUGCAAAUAAUCCAAGUUGUGUCUGAAGAUUGGCUACUUUGCGAUCCUCCAGUUGAGAAUAUCCCAAUGGAGAAUAACAAGCCGUUUUGGACCAAUUUACCCCUUUCUCCACAACAAAGCAGGCAAGGACUACUGCCUAGUCUGAAUGCAGACGAAGCAGCUAAAAAUUAUCGACGGUCCAUCCAAGAUAAAGCGGCCCUUAUUGACGAAUCCUGCAGUGAAGGUAGUGGUACCGAUUCACCGGACAAUAAAGAAGUUAAUUCAAAAAUUAACAGAAUUUAUUGUGGAUCCGAUUUUAGUAGCGAUGGUUGCGAAUCGGAGCAAACCGACUUAGAUAUUCUGCGUGUAAAAAAAUUAAAAAAAAGAUAUAACCCCAACUAUGGUCGAUAUUGGUGCGGAGAAGUUUCUGCACGAAGUAAUCAAGACCACCAACGAGAAUAUGAAGAAAAAGCCAUGAAACAUGUUGUUCUAAAAAUUAAUAAAAAUAUUGGAGUGGAGCAAAGUUUGCUUCCAAAUAACCCUACCGGAGGUUGCUACUUACGACUGGAGGCAGAAUGGAAGGACCAGUUAAGGCAUAGAAGUAUUUCUAACUCCACAAAUGGUUUCUCAAUUUCUGGGGUCGGGAAAUCAAAGUAUAAAUAACACUGUAAAAUGACCUUUUUCAUUUAAGAAAUGUUUUUAAUAUCUUACGUUAAACCAUUUACAGCUGAUCUUUACCAGGACUGUGUAUUUAACAAUAGAGUUUUUAUAACAAUUAUCAAUUAACCGUAAACUUAUUACCAUAAUUUGCACUUCUUAUAUUCAUUUAUGCUUCUACCAAAACUAAAUACUAUACUGUCAUUUGUGAAUGGGAAAUAAUAUCAAAAUCUGAGUUUUUUGCCUCAAUAUCCAUAAAAUUUUACUGACGGAAGCAAAUACGUUAAGGUAGAUAGAAUUCCUACUUUUCGGACUUCUAUUAAUUUCGAUAUGGU